AUGAAAAACAGUGGGAAGCCAUUCAGCAAAGGAAAGUUCUCAUCCUCCAAGGGUGAUAGGAAGGAGUUUAAGAAGAAAGAUGGGAAGGAGUUUCAAUCCCCUCAAGGAAUUGUGUGUUACGAAUGCAAUGGCCAUGGGCAUCUCAAGAAGGAGUGUCCUAACUACUUGAGAGGGAAGGGCAAAGUGUUUGCCACUACUUUGAGUGAUUCUGACAGCUCAAAUUCAGACACGGAAGGAGAAUGUGACAGUGAAGGGAACUACCAAGCCUUCAUGACAAUUGCCUCAGUCAAUUCAAAGAAUGAUUUGAGCAAAUUGGUUGAUGAACUUGGUGAUCUUUCCGAGGAUGAGGAAGUUGAAGAAUUGGAAGACGAAGACGUGUACCAAAAUGAAGGCGAGAACAACCUUCAAGAAGCAUAUAAUUCUUUGUUGGAAGAUUGUGGCAAAUAUGCCAAAGUUGCCAACCUUGCUGUGAAAAAGAUGAAAAAGGUUGAAGAAGAGCAUAAGGGAAUACUUGUGCAACUCAAGGAAGCAAAGUGUGAAGUAGAAGGACUCAAGGGAGAGUUGGUUAAAGCAUACUCUAAGAUCAAGUUCCUUGAACUUGAAAUUAUCCAAGCUAAUGUCAAGGUCGAGCACAUCUCCACCAAGAAACUUGACAAUACCGGUUUGGGCUAUACUGGAGAAGGAAGUUUGAGCAGCGAACCCAAGAAGGAAGUGAAGUUCAUAUCAGCCAAGAAUGAAGAGAAACUUAAAGAAGUGAAGCUUGAGAUUGAGACCCCUGCUGUAGUAAAGAGAACCAUUGGUGCAAAGCCAAAGGAAAAAGGGAAGUCAUUACCCAAAAAUCAAAAGGGGCCCCGAGUAAAGCACUUGUGUCGUCAUUGUGGCGCACAAGGACACACAAGGCCGAAUGGUUUCAAGCUUCAUGCACUCAAAAAGGUUGAUUCUAUGCGUGGUCAAGAAACUUCAAAAAGGAGACCAAAUGGAGCACAAGCUAAGGCAGAUAGUGAGGGACAUCUCAUUGGAGAUGUUAUGGAGAUAUUGAAGAACAUAUCACUGUGCUUUGCUAACUUCACUCCAAGGUUUGAAAGUUAUGUUGGUCAUACCCUGCCAUCUAAAGCUCUCAUCCAAAAUACUCGUAAAGAGUGGGUGAAGAAGGGUACUUAUGCAUGA